CGCUUUUCUUUGCAAGCUCCUUUGUCUGAGAGACUUGUUAUGGUCCAUGAAAACAUCACUUGACCCUCUUCAGAUUGUGGCAGGUAGAUUGAUUGCAUUGUCGACUCUCAUAUUUGGUCUCUACAUAAGCCUUGCUUCCAUCUAGAUGCUUGCUGAGGGUCAUCUUGUUUUAUUUAUCAAGUUUAACACAAUUCAGUCAGAUUAAGAGAGACUUACAGGAAAUGUUAGUAAACAUCUCAGGAUCUCAUGUAUCACAGUCUAACUGACAAACUGCAGUAUGUGAGAUAGUUUGUCUAAUGUUCAAUACAACAACUCCAAGGGGAACUUUUCUGCGUCUAUUCUUGUUGUCCUUGUACACAUCCCACUUAAAAUCAGAUGUAAAAAUCUGGCUCAUGACAUCGACAGAAAUACUGAUUUUUGUAGUGAUUGGAUAUGUUGGGAACAAGAGGAGUACACAGGACUGGUGGAUCAUUUUGUGGAGCAGAGAAAUGGUUCUCUGCUUCUGAAUGUGGAAAAGACCAGAAAGGUGAUGGAUUUCUAAACGAAGAUGGUGGCUACACGUCCCGUGUCUAUCGUAGGACAAGAUGCCGCUGUGGUGCAGGAGUUGACAUCCAGAUACUUCUACAUUAAAAGGCUGAAUUGGAAGACCAACACAGAGGCUGUAUACAAGAAGGGGACGGAGGGUUUCCGGUAUCCCCGGCCCUACUCGGUUCCACCCUCUCCUUCUGCCUCUAUCCAUUCCACGCCCCACCACAGUGAUGUUGAGGAUGAAGAUGAUGAACCCUAUGAUGAAGAUGAGGAGGCCGAGAGGGACCGGAUGAAUAUCAAAUCUCCAUUUGUGCUCAAUGCUGUGCCAGAGGGGAAGAAGCAGCAACCAGGAGAGUCAAGAAACUGAAAUGCUCCAGAGUAGCUAUGGCCUUUACAGUUGGAUGGACUUGACAGACAAAUGUGUGCGGGGGGAAUCACUGCCUGGUUAGCCCCGCAGUCUACACCACAGUAAUGACGACCCCACAUCAUCACCUUUUGUUAACAGUUGUUACUUAUUCUGCUGCCAGGCAAUAAAGUCCACCCUGCAUAACAAACUUUUUAUAAAGUUUGUUGAAAGGUUAAAUCUAAGUUCAUCAUCUGUCUUCAAAUGCUAGCUUGCCAAAAUAACUUUAGUCAAGCAGAGUCUGAAAAUGCUAACUGAACAUUACAGUUAUUUAAAAUAAACUUGAGUAGAACAAAGUGUCUGUCACAGGCUUUCCAUUCGUUUGUUUGCAUGAAGCAAUAGUAGAGGGUUGUGCUUUAGGAGAAAUUUAGAAUAAGCAAUGAAUUUGACACUGUAGCCUUCAUUUUAAUUUUAGUAGACUAUUUUUCAGAUUAGGGAAAGCAAAACCAAAAACGAUGACAUGAGACAAGGGACUGUCAAAGUAAAACAGGAAGUGUAACACAGAGAUGUGGACUUUACACUGAACAAAGGGAACACUGAGCUAAUCUGAAGCCGAAAAGUUGAGGUUGGAAGGUCUGCAGCAUUUGACUCUGCAAAAAUUUGGUUACAUCUCUAAACUAUGGGUCUCAGUAUCCACUGACUUUUUGUGAUUGGACUUGUUGCACAAGUGACAUUUGGAAUCACUAGGAUGAUGCAGCUACCACUUCACAUUUAAAGAAGAAAGUGAUGGGCGAAAUCUAACGACUACUUAUUGCCCAUUUUUAAAGUACACAAUUUUUACAGUGCACUUUGGUGUUACCACACACCUCUACACAGUAGUUUAAAUAUGGCAAUAUAAGGGAACAAACUACAUGACGUGAUUUGAUUCAAAAGACACUUUGCUUCACUCUGGACUGAAAUGGUUUGUAUAUGUUUUGAGUUUUCCAAGGUAAUCUUGUGGUCUAAUAUCGCAAACAUUCUGAUGUACUCUAUUUUAUUAUUUAUCAUCACGUUUACACUUAUCUUUCCUUGAAUUUCCAAGUAACCUAAUUUCAGUUUUGUUUAAAUUCUUGAUUCAUAUUUUUGAAAUCUGGAGCUUCUUGAUUUUUUGUUUUACAGGGAUUGAUUAUAUACCUGAAAAAUAACACUGACCAUAAAAGUAGAAAAUUUGCCCCAAACAGUUUCAAUGAAACUCUUUUUAUUAAAACAUCACAUUUCAUAUUUAGAGAAUUUAUAUUUACAGCUUCCUUUCCCCCCACACAGAACAAAUCAGAGGUUGUUGUCUGGCAAUGAUACAAACAUUAGAAAUAUUCCCUCUUCCACACUGGUAGCUCCUGGAUAUACACCUCAUCUGCGUUUUCAUCAGCUAGAAGAGAGGAACGGUAAAAGAAAGUAUGGAAUUGAAAUUGAGCAAAAAGAAGAACAAAACACACAUUUUGAACUAA